AUGCUCAGGGCGGCCGAGCCGCGGCCCCGGGAGGCGGAGGCCGGGGUUGUCCCGCCGACGCAAUCCAAGCCGCUCACCUCCUUCCUCAUCCAGGACAUCCUGAGGGACUGCGCGGAGCACCGGGGCACCCCACAGCCCGGCCGCCAACCCGAUCCGAGGCGGGACCCCGAGCCCCAGGGAGGGAGAGACCAGCUCGGCGCCAGACCCCGCACCGUACCCGGGGAUGCCGAGCCAGAUGUGCACUUUGAGGGUUAUCUUUUGGACUGUGAACACACACCAAGCCUGCCCCAGACUCCCAAGCGGCCUCAGAAGCGCUCCAGGGCUGCCUUCUCUCACACCCAGGUGAUAGAGCUGGAGAGGAAAUUCAGCCAUCAGAAAUACCUGUCCGCCCCUGAAAGGGCUCACCUGGCCAAGAACCUCAAGCUCACCGAGACCCAAGUGAAAAUAUGGUUUCAGAACAGACGUUACAAGACUAAACGAAAGCAGUUGUCUGCGGACCUGGGAGACUUGGGCAAGCACUCAUCUUUGUCCUUGCCAGCCCUGAGAGAGGAGGGCUGCUCCGGUCCUUCCCUGCUCUCCGUGUACAAUAGCUACCCCUACUGCCCCUACCUUUACUGUCUGGGCAGCUGGAGUCCCACUUUGUGGUAAUGCCAGCUCAGAUGACACUGCCUUCCCCAGGUGUCCCUGGCGAGGAAGAAUAUCUGGGACCAAAACGUGCUGGGGAGCAAGAAGUGUGCAGACGCCAGCUGUUGGGAGUGUGCAGGCUACUCCCCUAUUCUUCACUGGUGGGGCAACGAAAGAGCCAAGGCAGUAACUAUGUUAGUAUCUAAAUAAUUUCUAAGGUGGACGUAGGCUGCUGGUGUCGCCCUGUCUGAAGAAAGAGCAAGAGAGAGAGAGAGAAACUCAAGGACUGUUUCCAGCAUUCUGUAUACUUUUCCAUGUGACCCCUGUAUCCUGGCUAUGAAUUCUGUUGC